GCACACGAAGCCUCACAUCACCAACAGCAGGCAGCACAGAACAGUUUGUUGCCUCUCCUGAGCUCUGCUGUUGAGCCACCCGAUCAGAAGCCGAUUCUGCCCUUACCAAUAACGCAGAAACCUCAGCCUGCACCAGAAACAUUAAAGGAUGCUAUUGUUGGGAUUAAAAAGGAAAAACCUAAAACCUCCUUUGUGUGCACUUACUGCAGCAAAGCUUUCAGGGACAGCUACCAUUUGAGGCGUCACGAGUCCUGCCACACAGGGAUAAAGUUAGUGUCACGGCCAAAGAAAACUCCCACCACAAUGGUGCCCCUUAUCUCGACCAUCGCUGGUGACAACAGCCGAAGUUCAUUGGUUUCGACUAUCGCAGGCAUCCUGUCCACAGUCACUACGUCUUCCUCUGCCACCAACCCCAGCAGUAGUGCCGGCGCAACGGCUAUGGCAGUGACUCAGACGGUGAAGAAGCCCAGCAAGCCCGUUAAGAAGAACCACGCUUGUGAGAUGUGCGGAAAGGCCUUCAGGGAUGUCUACCACCUCAACCGGCACAAGCUGUCCCACUCAGAUGAAAAACCCUUUGAAUGUCCAAUUUGCAAUCAGCGCUUCAAGAGAAAGGAUCGCAUGACCUACCACGUGAGGUCUCACGAAGGUGGCAUCACGAAACCAUACACCUGUGGUGUUUGUGGAAAAGGCUUCUCGAGGCCUGAUCAUUUAAGCUGUCACGUUAAACAUGUUCACUCAACAGAGAGACCCUUCAAAUGCCAAACGUGCACUGCUGCCUUUGCCACCAAAGACAGACUGCGGACACACAUGGUGCGCCAUGAAGGAAAGGUAUCGUGUAAUAUCUGUGGUAAACUUCUGAGUGCAGCAUAUAUCACCAGCCACUUAAAGACACACGGGCAGAGCCAAAGUAUCAACUGUAAUACCUGUAAACAAGGCAUCAAUAAAACAUGCAUGAGUGAAGAGACCAGCAAUCAGAAGCAGCAACAGCAGCAGCAGCAGCAACAGCAGCAGCAACAACAACAACAGCAGCAGCAGCAGCAACAACAACAACAGCAACAACAACAACAACAGCAGCAGCAACAGCAGCAGCAGCAGCAACACGUAACAAGUUGGCCUGGAAAGCAGGUAGAGACCCUCAGAUUAUGGGAAGAGGCCGUCAAGGCAAGGAAGAAAGAAUGUCAGUUCACCUUUGAGAAGGCUAUAGAGUACGUACCAUUCGAAGCUGCUAACUUGUGCCAAACCUCCACUGCUGCUACUACGCCUGUGACUCUUACUACUCCAUUCAAUAUAACGUCCUCUGUGGCUUCUGGGACUAUCACAAACCCAGUCACAGUGGCAGCUGCAAUGAGCAUGAGAAGUCCAGUAAAUGUAUCAAGUGCAGUUAAUAUAUCCAGUCCGAUGAACCUAGGGCAUCCUGUAACUAUAACAAGUCCAUUAUCCAUGACAUCUCCAUUAACGCUCACCACACCAGUCAAUUUACCUACCCCAGUAACCGCUCCAGUGAAUAUAGCGCAUCCAGUCACUAUAACAUCUCCCAUGAACCUGCCCACACCAAUGACGUUAGCUGGUCCGUUAAAUAUAGCCAUGAGACCGGUAGAGAGCAUGCCUUUCCUGCCCCAGGCCUUGCCCACGUCUCCUCCCUGGUAAAGAAUUUCUAAACAGUAUUAAAAAGGAUUAAAAUGGAAUCCUUACCAGCAGUUCUUUUUUGGGUUUUGUUUGGUUGGGUUUUUUUUUUUGUUGGGUUUUUUGUUUUGUUUUUUGUUUUAUUUUAGUUAAUAAUAAAUUCAGACUAAGACACUGGGGCAACAUGCACCAUCAGAGACCACAGUAGCAUCUUCCCCUGUUGAUUUGGCUCGUAUGGUUCAAACUUGAGUUUCACUGGAGCACUUCAUUUCAAGUAAGUUUUACCCUUUAGCUGACUGAUGCUGAAUUAGAGCAGAUACUUACUUGCCAGAGUUAAA